CCAGUUGCAGUAUAUAAGAAGAAGCGGUCGGCGGCUAAACCUUCUCCAGGGCGGAAAGGAAGUAUACAAGCCGUAGGGGGCGACGAGAGGCGGCGGGACCGAGAUGGAUCGGUACCAGAGGGUGGAGAAACCAAGGGAGGAGACCCCGAUUAACGAAAAUGAGAUCCGUAUCACGUCUCAGGGGAGGAUGCGCAACUACAUCACGUAUGCCACCAGCAUGCUUCAGGAAAAAGAUUCAAAUGAAAUCAUCUUGAAGGCAAUGGGUAGAGCUAUCAACAAGACUAUUAUGAUUGUGGAACUGAUCAAAAGGAUAGUUGAUCUACAUCAAAAUACAGCUAUUGGAUCUGCUGACAUAACUGAUCCACGGGAACCAUUAGAGGAAGGCUUACUUCUGCUUGAGACAACUAGACAUGUCUCUGUGAUCAGUAUAACUUUGUCAAAGAAAGAGCUGGAUACAUCUGCUGUUGGGUUUCAACCUCCAUUGCCCAAAGAUGAGGUUAAACCCUUGGGUGAAUUCGGCUAUGGAGGAGAGGGCUCACCCGUGAGUCGAGGUAGAGGCCACGGUGGCCGUGGCAGGGGAAGGGCUUAUGGAGAUGAUACGGCGGAUUAUGGUGAUGGAAGCUGGGACAACAAGGGACGUGGAUACGGUAGAGGCGGCUAUUUCCGUGGCAGAGGCCGAGGUUUCCGUGGCAAAGGUGGUUAUGGUGGCCAGCCUGAUUUUCAGCAGGAAACCAAUGGCAAUGACAAUGAGGGUUCUAUUCCUGUUCGGGGCAGAGGUCGUGGUCGUGGUAGGGGCCAAACCCGAGGAUGGGGUCGAAAUUCUCAACUGAACGGACUGAUCCAUGCUGGUGCUGUUGGUGCUUAAUCAGAUUGAUAUCAUCUGCAUGAUUUCUGCUUUUGUGUCUGGAUGGAUGCCUGCUCUGAUGAGUUCAUCAUUUGUUUCCUAACGCUGGAUUAGCCAUUCCUGUGUCAUGAUAUAGCAUCACAAUGAAUCACUAUGAUCCCAAGAGUUCUAGGCAGCCAUUAGUUUUUUUUCUUUGAGAAGACUAAUAGUAGGUCUAAUCAAUAGAGCAGUACAUUCUUUUAUUUAGUUUCUUUUGUAAAGGUAGCAUGAUAAAUACUUAGCCAUGCCAUAAUUUCUUAUUAAUGAGUUGCCCAUUUUAGCAUUGGUUUAGUGCUAUCUUGUAAUGACAUCUUUUUAUUAUAGUAACAUCUCUAAGAUUAAUAUUUUUCAGAUUGUUGCAUGAACUUCGCAUACAAUGUUCCUCAUCUUUCCCCAUUUUGGAUUUGUGGCUGCACCAGUUCUUGAUCUGAGAAAAAUGAGGGCCUAAUUAUCUUGUAUUUUGCGUAGAAUGUGUACAGAUCAUUAUUCCUUAAAAUUCAAUUUCAUGAUCUUCUUCUUAGUGAAAGUAUAUUACGCUAAUAUAAAUCACAACCUGCACACACAUGCUUGAGAGAUCUGCCAAGAAUUAAUUUAAUCGCAGUGCCUGCUAUCAAAUUGUUUUAAACAUGAUACUGUAAUUGGAACUAAAGUCCAUGGCAAAGGAUCAGUUCCAAAGUCUUUCCCACAAAUGAAGCUUCCAAUAAAUCCUUCCCACAUUCUCAAUUAAUGAAAGUAAAAGAUAAAUGCAGAAAACAUGGGUGGCCUCCAUGGCCUGUCAAAACUCCAACAAAAUGGAGACCUGGUCUUAGCACACCAACCACAGCCAACUUGCACUAAAUAAAGGCAGUUCAGGGAACUCUUCUUUGGAGAGAAGCUACCAUGUUUUUAAUCUUAUCAAUCAUCCGAUCUAAGUUUUAGAUGAUUAAUGAGGAGAUGUCAGCAGCUCAAAAAAAUUAGUAGUGUUGAAGUCAAACAAUCUUUAUCCUGGAGAAUAUAAGCAUUUCAAUGGUUGAAGUAAUGCGAAGAAGAGGAGAAGAGCACACCCAUUCUGACCAUCACGACUGAAAGCUCUUUGCUUGGAAGAGGUCAUAUGGACGUGUCUUGUGGAGUUGCCCUUCGUCUAUCAUCACGCCAUAAACUUCAUCAUAUUUAUAAGCACAGACCAAGACAUCUCCAUUCAUUGCAUUGCAAGCCAUGGCAUCCCAUCUCGUGUUAACUUCCAGGCUUACUGCUACCUCCUCCUUCUUCUUCUUCUUCUUCUUCUUGUGUCUCGUAGCUCGCCACCACUUAGAAGCUGCGGAGUACACGGUUGGCGACGCCGACGGAUGGGACACCGGCAUCAACUACCUCCUCUGGUCCAAUAAGUACAACUUCACCGUCGGCGACGUGUUAGUGUUCAAGUACGUGCAGGUGCAGCACAACGUGUACCAGGUGACGGAGGAGACGUACCGUUCAUGUGACUCGAGCACCGGCGUGACAAGGACGUACGACAGCGGCGACGACCGCGUGACGCUGGGCGAGGCCACGAGCUACUGGUUCAUAUGCACCAUCAACGGCCACUGCCAGGCCGGAAUGAGGCUCGCCGUUAGCGUGGCGAAGUCGAGCUCAGACGGAGGCGGUGCCACCUCCGCUGCACCGUCGCCGCCGGAGCAGGGCAACGGGGCGGCCGGAGGGCGCAUGGGGUGGUGGUGGAAAGCAUGGAUGUUGUGCCUGUCGUUAUGCCUGUUGACUUGGUUGAACUGCUUUUGAAAUGGUGGGUUUGUGUUGGACAUUUGUUAUUCUAAUUUUCCAAUUUAACUGUUGUGUUAAGUUUGAUUAUUAAUUAAUAUUGUUAGUAAUAUUCA